AUGUCCCUUAUUAUUUUAUCUUACAAACUAUCCCCCACUUCAUUUUCCCACUCCGGGAUAUAUCCCUGCAACUGUAACAUUAGCUGGACCGUGACAAUUGUCACCACUCCUGGCCUCGACAGUUGUGCAACCUCCGCCUCCGCCGCGUCCACACCAUGGUCAGACCCGUGGACACCCGAGUCACCACCACCACGUCCAGGGGGUCGCCUCCCCGAGGGUCUUCGCCCCUACAUGUUCAUGUCACUGCUUCUCUGCCACACCAUCAACAUUUACUCUGCCUCGGGACCUCUCGCCCUGUCUGUUGUUCCCAGAGGCUCUUGUCCUCUUUGCUGUUCCGCAGACUUACGCCGAGACGUGUCCUUCCUACUCUUUACAAGGUCCAACCCCCAUCACGGCCAGCGUCUGUACAUUGACGGCUACCGUGAGUUGUCCAGAUCGUUCCUUAGACGGAACUCCUCCACUGUCUUCUACAUCCACGGGUUCACCGAGACAUCGCGAAGUCGCAGCUCUCAGACCAUCAAAACUGCGUUUCUACAGAGGGGUGACUACAACGUGAUCCUGGUGGAUUGGUCACCCCUAUCCGCUGCUCCGUGGUACCGCCCGGCCGCCCAGAACGCCCGCCCCGUAGGUCUGCACCUUGCGAGGUUCGUGCACUUCCUCCACCGCAGCGCCGUCCCCGUCCACCACAUGCACGUCGUGGGCUUCAGUCUGGGGGCCGAGGUGGCGGGGUUUGCAGGCAAAGCGCUGCAUGACCUGCGACUACCGAGGAUCACGGGUCUGGACCCGGCCUACCCACUCUAUCGCAUGGCAGGGUGGAGAGGUCACCUGACCGCUACGGACGCCAGGUUUGUGGACGUCAUCCACACGGACGGAGGAGUAUUCGGGUUCCGGAGACCCCUCGGACACGUGGACUUCUACCCCAACGGCGGCAUCCCCUUCCAGCCGGGGUGUACCUUCAUAGAACUACUGGGCAAGAUGAACCUCCGGGGCUAUGUAAUGCUCCGUGUUUCAGUUGCCUGUAGUCACAACCGAGCAUGGGCUUACUUCGCCGAGUCUAUUUUGGAUCCUUUCGCCUUCCCAGCUGUCCGUUGUCCGUCCUUCGGGUCGUACAAGAUGGGCAUGUGCCACCACGGACCUCCACUACAGUAUAUGGGGGUGGCUGCUGAUCCAAGACAAGAGGGGAAGUUUUACCUGAGCACGAGGGAUGAACCACCCUACAGUUUGAGAAAAGUUAGGUGGAAGGGAUGA